CAUCAACCUGAACAAGUGUCAACUGUGAAAUACAUUUUCAGAUUGCAACACUCAUCGAAACUCGGCAUCACUGCGACAUGCAAGUCACUUUCUGACACGAUUGAUGAGGUUAUCCAGCUAAACUGCCCCAUGAGAUAGAACAUUGACCAGGUCCCGAUUUCCAGGCUCAACUCAACCUCAGUCCACCUGGUCUCUGCCCGCCACAUAUCACGACAUGGCUAUCUCGCGUUGGCCAUGACAUCACGAACUCGGCAUGCUCAAGUGAGGACUCAAUCUGACUCUUCAAAAUGCCCCAGAUGUCUCAGGAAAAUGCCAGGCUAUGGCUCCUCCUCCUCAUCGUCACCGUGGCCCUCCUCUCGCAGAAUGACGCCCCUGGCAUAAUCGCUGCGCCCUUCUUUGGCACUUCCCGCCUCGGCCGCCUGAGGGAUGCCCAUCAGGUUUUGAACAGCACGAAAUGGGGCGACUUCUCGCCCCAUGCAGUCGUGGACGGCGCGCCUCCGUGGCAGGCGCCGCGAUAUCUCAACCUGACGGGCUUCCGGGGGGCCGAUGACUACGCUUGGGACGAUCUGGCCUACUUCAAGGACCGCUGCCGCCAGUGGAGCCGCCACGCCUAUCCGCCGCUGAAAGGCGCCGACGAGUGGGACCAUGGACCGGUGCCCAAGACGUGGCAGAACGCCACGGGCACAGUGCAUGGCAGGUGGGUGCGGCGGCCGGGCUCGGUCGUGAGGCAGGCGCGCAACUACAACUUGAGCGCGAUCGCGCCGGGGACAAAUUGGAUGCACAGCCACGGCGAAUGGGGCUGGAAUGUUACCGGUUCUCAUGGCACCAUAGUACUGUCGCUGUUGGAGGAUGAGAGUGACGCGGCAUAUGAGGAGGACAAGGAGGAUGGCAAGCCACCAUCAUCGUGGGGUUUGGCGAGGGAGAUCGUCGCCGUGGCUGACAUCCAGGACGAGGAUCACUCGGCUGGCAGCUUUGCCAUCCGGCUCCACGGCGUGCACUGGCCGAGGCAGGGUUCAAUGCUGCUGACCACAACGACCGAGAAGUUUUUGGGCGUCUUUGGCCUGCCGCAUCUUGUUCCCGGCCCAGAGUUUUAUCAUACAGGCCAAGGCCUUCUAAACCAGACAUUGGGCAAGGUCAUCAGCAAGAAAGAGGGCAGCACGUUCGGCGGCUCCAGCAACCCGUGGACGCCGGUUGUCGGGGAGGAGAUCUCACUACCCUUGCCGCGCUGCGAGUACGUCGUCUAUUUGCAACUACAUGCUUUGGAACCCGAAUACAUUGGGAAGGACGGUCUUGAUGAUCGACUCAUGCCCCUCGUCGAUCAGCUGGAGACAGAGCUUCGAUUUCCCACGGGAGCACCUUCGAAUGGCAAGCCAGAUCUCCGCAUGUCGCUCGUCGCCUGGUCUCCAGAUUGCUCCUACUAUCUUGAGUCCAAAGGUCCGCCUCUAUUCCCGUCAAUUGAGGGACAGCAUCUCGUCGGCGUGAAGUCGGAGGUGUUGCUUUCGCGGACAAGGACUUGCGUGUUUGGGUUUGCCGCUGUGCUUAUGGCGCAGCUGUGGCUCCUGAAGAUGCAGAUCAAGGAAUCGAAUACGCCCUCCACUCUCGGGCGCAUCAGCUUCCAUACAGCAGCAAUCAUGGUUCUGGCGGACGGCAUGGUGUUUGGAGUCUCGUCGGCCUGGGGUUUGUCAGCAACCAACAACUUCCUCCCGUCUCUUAUCCUUACCUUUGCUGCAUUUAUGUCCAUGUCGAUCGGCGCAUGGUUCCUCUCCGAGAUAUACACACACCAAGAACCAGAAAGACGCCGCGCGCAGGCCAGAGCCAACAACGCCGGCACAUCACGAACAUCAUCCGCCCCUGCUGCCACUACACCGUCGCAACCACCACCACCACCACCGCCCGGCACCCUCCCGCUCCCAGUCACCGCCGGCCCAGCCCGCACCUCCUCCCCACCAAUCAUAAUUCCCUCAGACCAAGACAUCGACGCCGAAAUUGCCGCUAACACCUCCUCCGGCGCCUCAACGCUCCCGCUCCCUACCGGCACCACCACCAUCACCACCGCCACCAACCCAACCACGCCGCAAGCCAGCCCCUUCGCCUCCAUAACCGGCACCCUCCUGCUCGUGGGCGUAGCAAUCUUCAUCCUGCUAGGCAUCUCGUCGACCUGGCCGCCACGCUUCCGCUCGGCUCUCUUCCACUUACUCUCCUUCGCCUACCUCUCCCUCUGGACGCCGCAGAUCCAGCGCAACGUCUGGCGGAACAGCCGCCGGGCGUUUGCCUGGCGGUUCAUGAUCGGGCAGUCUGUUUUGAGGCUGGCGCCGUUUGCGUAUUUUUAUCUGCGGGGGGACAAUAUCCUGUUUGUGGAGCCCGACGGGAUCGUGUUUGCCGCGCUGGUCGGGUGGGUGUGGUGCCAGCUUGUCGUGCUGGCCGUGCAGGACGUGCUGGGCCCCCGGGUCGGGGUGCCGGCUGCUUGGAUGCCUGACGUGUGGGAGUAUCAUCCUUUGUUGCGGGAGGAGGGUGCUGGCGAUAUGGAGGGUGGCAGCGGCGGGGUGGGGUUGCCGAUUGGGCUGGUCUCGUCUAGUGGUAUGCAGGGUAGUCGGGAGAGUUCGCCUGUUACGGCGAGGAGGAGGAGCUGGUCUGCCGGGGAGGGCGGCGGUGAGGAUGGGGGAAAGAGGAGGGAGCGGGAGAAGGAGCUCAGGCGGCAUAGGAUGGUGUUGAGGGAGAUUGAUUGUGCGAUAUGUACCGAGGUUCUGGAGGUGCCGGUUGUGAGGGCCGAUGCGAAGGAUGCGGCUGCCGCGGGCGGGUUAGUGGGUGUGUUUGCGAGACGGGCGUACAUGGUUACCCCGUGCCGGCAUAUCUUUCAUACCAAGUGCUUGGAGGGCUGGUUCAGGUACAAGCUGCAGUGUCCGAUUUGUCGGGAGGAGUUGCCGCCUCUAAAGCUCACCUCCCACCUCCCCCGGCCAGUCGUCACCGGCGGGCGAGGUGGUCGGCUACGAAAACCCCAACGGGCGUCCCCCGGGGAUUUUACUCGGAGUCGAACAGGUGCCUCCCCGAAGUGCGAUCAGGAGUACGCAUUCGGAUGGAAGUUCGUCGUUACCAUGCGGUCUCUUGCGAUGGUGGUGGGGAACUUGCCCGAGAUUUGGACCAGCAAGGGGUUUUAACACGACGAACUUGAGGUGGGCGGCCAUUCAAGCUAGACUAGAUUUUACCUGCUGCCCGUUGGUAUCAUUGUGCGAUGUUCUCUGACUUGAGACAGGAGUCUAAGUAAGCAGCAUGCCACCAAUGUCCCUCACAAGUGUAAUGUACUAUGUCUCCGACAAGAGCGGGGUGACAGUGCCACUUCCCUAUCAGCUGAUUAUGUACUGGUCGUGUAUCGCGGAGAAACCCUUGCUGUGAUGGGCGACAUGCUGCUACCCGGGUCAAGUUAGCUUGCUGUUGCCUCGCGAGAGACUCGAGCAGUGGAAGGACUAAUGUCAUUGAACGUACUGAUGAUUAACCACAAGGUAUUGAGGGCACUAAACAAAUGGUAUCGAUACUAUGCGACUCAACACGGAAAUUGUUGUCGAGACUCCGAGACAGAAGGGAGAGGCG